UUCUGCAUUUAUCUCUUAUAAAUAUGGGGAAAUUUUACACUAACAAGUCUCAUAUACAAAGUCUGAGCAAAGGUUAAGUCACGUAGCAAUGUCCAAACAAAGGCUGCAGGGUAAGGUGGCUAUCGUCACCGGUGGAGCUGGCGGAAUAGGAGCUGAAGCAGUGAGGAUAUUCGUCGAAAACGGAGCAUCGGUGGUCAUAGCAGACAUCAAGGACGAAUUAGGUCAGACGUAUGCAGCUUCAUUUGGGUCAGAGAAAGUGAGUUACCGCCACUGUGAUGUGAGAGACGAGAAGCACGUCGAAGAAACAGUAGCUUUCGCGGUAGAGAAAUAUGGGAGCUUAGAUAUCCUGUUCAGCAAUGCUGGCGUGGCGGGUCCUUUGUCAAGCAUUCUAGCCUUCGAUCUCACUGAAUUUGACAACAGCAUGGCCGUGCAUCUUCGCGGUGCGGCAGCCUUCAUCAAGCACGCGGCACGUGUCAUGGUGGAAAGGAAGACACGUGGAUCCAUUAUCUGCACGGCCAGCGUGGCUGGUUCCGUGGCCGGAUGCGCGGGUCAUGAUUACACCACAUCCAAACACGGCCUUGUUGGGCUUGUUCGGUCGACGUGCAGCGAGCUUGGAGCUUAUGGCAUAAGAGUGAAUUCCAUUUCACCUUAUGCGGUUGCGACGCCUCUUACUUGUGAAGCCUUGGAUAUGACCGGUGGUGAAGUUGAAGCUGCAGGUCACGCUUUAGCGAAUUUGCAUGGAAUCACGUUGAAGGCUAGCCAUAUUGCAGAAGCUGCUCUGUUUCUUGCUUCUGAUGAAUCGGCUUAUAUCAGUGGACACAACUUGGUCGUCGAUGGAGGUUUCGUCGUUGUUAAUCACGGUCUUCCAUGCAUUAAAAAUUAAAUUAUCCAAUCUGGAAUGCUAUCUUGCAAUAGAAAUCGAGUGAACAAAAUGAUGCCAGGUCAUCCGUAGAGUGAUUGUCCGUGAUUGUCCUAUGAUAAAA